CUCCCAUCCAACAUCUCAACUCGCGCUUUUGACUUUGAUUUCUCCAAAAAACAACACAAGAAGGCCGCAUUGUCGGCUCUCUGCGAACUUUAAUUAGGAGAAUUUCCUCUAAAAUCGGAUCAAACGCGACUCCAGCAUUGCAAAUUCAAUCGGAUUCGUUGUCUGAGGUAGAAUGGAACCGAAGACGACGGUGAACUUGAACGGGAAGCCUGUUAUCAUUACCGGCUUUCUGAAGAAGUUUGAGCACAAACCGGGCCAAAAGGUGAUCAUCAUCGAUCGGGCAACGGGCAUGAAGCGAAUGCUGGAAAAUGGAGCUGCAAAGAAGGACGGCGAACCGUCGGAAAAGAAGGACAAAACAGACUGCGACGAGGCCGAAAACUCCGGGGCCAAAUCUGACACACCAGCAGACCAGACCAGCGCCGAGAUAAACAUUCUUUUCCUUCACAGUAUGAACCCACUUCUGGAUAAGAUGGAAGUGCAGGAUGCACUUGCGAGGUGCGAAUGGAAUGCUGUGAAAGCUGGCAGAAUUCUCAAAUCGAUGAACGAGGAGCGGAAGGAAAAGAGGGAGCAGGAGAGAAAGCAAAAUGAAAAGGAGGAACUGGAAGUUUUGGACGAGCCGCAGUCUCCGGAGUCUCCCGAGCCAAAGAAAUACAGGAGAAUUAGCACAACCCCUCAGGUUAAAACGAAAGAGGAGUAUCGGAGGAAUGAGGAGCUGUUUGCUAAAAUGUGCACCAAAUUUCCACUGAGAGACCGAAUGUUCAUUCAGCAGUGCUUAGUCCAGGCCAAUUGGCUUGAAGAAUUGGCGGCCACGCUGAUCAGAGCCGGUCCGAAAAACGCCCGUCCCGUGCCUCUGUCCGACACCGAGAAGGAGCUUGUCCGGAAACAGCAAGAGAUUGAUGCCGAGGAGAAGAAAAGGCGAGAGGCGGAGAUUGCCCUGAAAAAGCAGCAGCAGCAGGCGUCGGUCAAAAUGAAGCCGUUGACCCCGUCCGAGAUCAACAAAGCCAUCAACGCCUCGUUCAAAAAUAUCACCUCUCAGAAAUGCUCGCCCGAAGAAGAGGACGACGAGACUGAGCCUGACUACAGAGGCGACUUCAAGAAACGCACCCUGGACAUGCUCAAGACAAUCACCUUGGCAGAAUUGGCCACUCUGCCUGGUUUUUCUAAGAAGAAGGCCGAAACGGUCAUUCGAACAAAGCCUUACGAGAUGUGGGGCGACAUCAGAGGCAAGCUGGAGCGUCCGGUGGCCAACUCGUUAAUCAAGUGUGCGGAAGAAAUGUUUCGCGUUCGGGACGAUGUGACCGAAUUGAUGCAGCAGUGCACCAGACUGUCCAAGCAGAUGGCUGGAAAGGUGCGGCAAAUCGUUUCGUCGAACGCCUCUGAUCUGGCGGAGCAACCAAAUACUCUAGGAGGGACUGAUCUCAAGCUGGCGCCGUACCAACUGGUUGGAUUAAACUGGCUCAUUUUACUGCACAAACAUGGAAUAAAUGGAAUACUUGCAGAUGAAAUGGGUCUAGGAAAAACUAUUCAGGUGAUUGCAUUCCUUGCCUACCUCAAAGAGCAAGAGUUGAAAAAAGGCGCCCAUGCUAUAGUCGUCCCAGCGUCCACCUUCGAAAACUGGUCCAACGAGCUGGCUCGCUGGUGCCCCAAUUUGAACGUGAUCAAUUACUCAGGAAGCCAAGAAGAGCGGAAGCAUUUUCGUCUCUGGUGGAAAAAUGACAAGAACAAAGAGGAGGUUGACACCUACGACAUAAUCCUCACCACCUACAACCAGAUCGGCAGCAACAAGCUGGACAGGGCCUUUUACCGCAACAUCAACUUGCACUAUAUAAUUUAUGAUGAAGCACACAUGCUGAAAAACAUGGCCACCCAGAGAUAUGCUGCAUUAAUGCAGAUUCAGGCUGAGAGGAGGAUUCUGCUGACGGGAACGCCUCUGCAGAACAAUUUGAUAGAACUGAUGUCGUUGCUCAUAUUUGUGAUGCCCCAAAUGCUUGGAGAAAGGCAGGAGGAACUCACGACGCUAUUUAAAAUGGCGAACAGACCCGAUGGCUGUAACGAAUUUGAAAAGCAAAAAAUACAACAAGCCAAGAAGAUAAUGGAGCCCUUUGUCUUGCGCCGUCUGAAGAAGGAUGUUCUGAAAGACCUGCCUUCGAAGACAAACCACGUGGUCAACAUUGACCUUACUUCCCAUCAGAAAGACCUCUACAAAAACCUUGUGAUGGAAUUCUUUUCUAAUGCCACCAAAGAUGACACCCCACCUCCAUCGGAAGUUCAAUCUGAGAAUGGAGACGACCUUGAGCAGCAAGAAGUUGAAGAGCCCGAACCUGAUAUUGCAAACACACAAGAGAGCAGCACCCUGGGUGGCAGCAUGAGUGUGAUGAUGCUGAUGAGAAGAGCGGCCAACCACCCUGCACUCCUACGGCACCACUACGAUGACCGUCUUGUAAAGAAAAUGGCCAAAAAGCUGUUAAAAGACAAAACCUACAAGGAAAACCGAGAGGAAUCCAUUCGUCUGGACUUGAUGGAAAUGUCCGACCACCAAAUUCACCAAUUGUGCCGCAACCACCCCUGUAUUGAAAAAGACGUCCUGUCCGAGCAACAAAUUCUAGAGUCGGGUAAAUUCAACGAGUUGGACAAACUUCUCCCUGAACUGCAGAAAGGUGGCCAUCGAGUGCUCAUGUUCAGCCAGUUUACGCAAAUGAUGGACAUACUAGAAGAUUACUUAAACAUUCGUGGCCUCAGGUACUUUCGACUCGACGGACAAACGCCGGUUGCUGAACGUCAGGGGAUGGUGGACGAGUUCAACAGCGAUGAGUCGAUUUUCAUCUUCAUGCUUUCGACCAGGGCUGGUGGUUUAGGAAUAAAUUUGACAGCUGCAGACACCGUCAUUAUCCACGACAUAGAUCUCAACCCUUACAACGACAAGCAGGCGGAGGACAGAUGCCAUCGAGUUGGACAAACCAGGCCGGUCACCAUUUAUAAAAUGGUGGCCAAGAACACCAUCGAAGAUGCAAUGUACAUGGUAGCGCAGAACAAACUUACUCUUGAACAAGAGAUUUCUGGUGGAUCUUCUGGAGGAAAGCAGAAUGAAAAGAAACUGUACCACCUACUCAAGGAAGCACUCAUGGCUUCGGGCGAGACGUCGUAGCAGCAUUGAAAAUGUGAUUUGUGGGCUCUCUCUCCGGUAAAAGAUUUUAUUUCGUACCCAUUGAAAAUUGUUUCCUUUACUGAAUAUAAAAUGAUGUGCACUAAUGAUUAAUGUGAUAGGUAUAUUGUGCUGCGGAAAGAGCAUCCAGAUUAUAAAUGAGUACUCUUUUAUGUAAUAACCCAAUGUCAUAAUUCCAUAAAUUAUAAUUCACUUAAUAAUAUAAUUUGUCCAGUGAGUUUCCAAAAUAAAUGGUCGAAUA